UUACCCACGAAUCCCAACUCUAUAUAAAAAAAAUCUCCAUAAUUUGAAGCUUUUGGCUCUCAUGAUGGCCCAUUUUGCCCUCUCCUUAGUUCUUUUCUUGGCUUUGGCUUCUACUUCAAGGGGAAUGUACUGUUUGUGCAAAGAUGGGAUUGCAGAGUCUCAGCUCCAGAAGAACAUAGAUUUUGCGUGUGGAAGCGGAGCGGACUGCGGCCCAAUCCUUCAAAAUGGGCCUUGCUUCAGCCCAAAUUCCGUGAAUGACCAUUGCAGCUAUGCUGUGAACAGCUAUUUUCAGAGGCAAAGCCCAUCUGGGGCUGAUUGUAAUUUCUCUGGGACUACUACCCUCAGCCCAAACCCGCCCGCUUCAGCUGCUGGAUCAUGUGUUUAUCAAUCUACUGCUGGGAAUAAUGGCACUCCGUGGAACACCACUAGCAGCACGCCCGGUCCGAUAGGACCGAUGGGCGGUGAACCGGAUCAUAACUCUGCACCGACUCUUUGCAAACCCACCCUCAUCUUUCUCAUCCUAACCAUUUUCUUUUCAAGCCUAUAAGGUAAGGUGAAUAUGAAGAGAAGGAAGAUUAUGGAGUAUAUUGUUAGUUAUUAGUAUUAUUAGUAGAAGAUCGUUAUUAAAAUUUCAAGUUUGACACCACGAGUGACAACUGUCGUCUGUGAAUUUGUUCAUACAUUUAUUCGUACGGACGGUUACAUCGUCGGUGUGAAACAAAUCACAAGACAAUGAUCAUUUGUGGUGUCAAAAAAUGGGAAGUUGUUGUAAAACCACUCUAAUUAGGUACCAUGUUUUUAUUGGCUUUGGUGGGUAAUGUUUGGUUCUCUUUCAUGUUAGUGUAUGUAUGUGUAUAAGUGGGGGAAUCAUGUGAUG